AUGGCUCUGCAGGAGAGAGCGUCUCUCCUCAUUUUACUCUUGAUAUUUGUCACGUUGUCACGUGUGUGUGACAGCCGUCCACAGCCGCCGGCUCGAUACGUGAGCUCCACAUCCGCCACUGGGUCUGCAGCCAGUCCAACUUCUAAAAGAGCUUCAGACGUGGCAUCGGAGGUUGCCGGUUAUGCUGACGUUGCCAAACGGAUCAUUGAGCUGGCCGUGUCCGGUACUGCCCAGAACCGCUCGUACCGGCGGCUGGCCGAGUUCACCGACGCCAUAGGAAGCCGCGUCAGCGGCUCCCACAGCCUGGACAUGGCCAUCAAAUACAUGUACAACGCCAUGACGCAGGACGGCUUAGACGUGCAUCUGGAACCAGUCAAAAUCCCUCACUGGGUCAGAGGGAAGGAGAGCGCAGACAUGAUCUGGCCCAGGAACAAGAGCCUGGCUGUGCUGGGGCUGGGCAGCAGUGUGGGAACGCCUCCCGAGGGGAUUGAGGCUGAGGUGCUGGUGGUUUGCUCUUUUGAGGAACUGAAGCGCAGGGCCGGCGAGGCUGCGGGGAAGAUUGUGGUGUUUAACCAGCCCUUUGUCAGCUAUGAGGAGACGGUGGCUUACCGGGCUUUUGGUGCCUCAGAGGCGGCCAAAGUGGGAGCUGUGGCCUCCCUCAUUCGAUCCGUCACCCCCUUCUCCAUUAACAGUCCCCACACAGGUUGGCAGGUUUAUGAAGGAGGAGUGAAGCGCAUCCCUACAGCCUGUAUCACGGUGGAGGAUGCUGAGCUGAUGUGGCGAAUGGCUCAGAGGGGACAGAAGAUCGUGGUCAGACUCACAAUGGGAGCGAAGACGUUGCCAGACGCCGACUCUUUUAACACAGUGGCGGAGAUUAGAGGCUGGCAGUACCCCGAUCAGGUUGUCUUACUGAGCGGUCAUUUGGACAGCUGGGAUGUGGGCCAGGGCGCUAUGGAUGACGGAGGUGGAGCAGUGAUAUCCUGGGAAGCGCUGUCACUCAUCAAAGACUUAGGCUUACACCCCAGAAGAACUUUACGAGCAGUGCUGUGGACAGCAGAGGAGCAGGGUGGAGUUGGAGCACAGCAAUACUACAACCUCCAUAAGGUGAACAUUUCUAACUUUGACCUUGUUAUGGAGUCUGACUUGGGGACAUUCACCCCAGUGGCUCUCCAGUUUACUGGCAGUGACAAGGCCAAAAAAGUGAUGGAGGAGGUGGUCAAACUUCUGGCGCCCAUUAACACAACCAAACUGGAGACGAAUGGUGAAGGCACAGACAUUUCCCCAUGGAUACAAGCAGGAGUACCAGGUGCCAGCCUCCAUGUGGCAGACAGCCGCUACUUUUGGUUCCACCACAGUGAGGGGGACACAAUGACGGUUCAGGACCCUGGAGACAUGGACCUCUGCUCAGCAUUGUGGGCUGUAGUCGCAUACGUUGUGGCAGACCUUCAGGACAUGCUCCCAAGAUAG